GCCAUUUCAGACCGGGGAACAAAGCCUCUAGGAGUUCUUGCUUCAACAGUGUUUGGACGGAACUUCUCUUCCUUCCCGAACUUUCUUCGAACCGAGCAGCCUGUCUUCCGGAAAUAUUCCAAUCCUGCUUCUACUUGAAUCACACCAACGUUAAGCUUUAUUUUUCUAACGUUUUUUUUGUUAAGAAAAGCACAAGAAAACCGCCCAGCCAAGAUGGAUUCUCAGGUGCGUCAGAACUACCACCGCGACUGCGAGGCCGCCAUUAACAGGAUGAUCAACAUGGAGCUGUUUGCUUCAUACACCUACACUUCUAUGGCAUUUUACUUCCAGCGUGACGACGUGGCUCUGCCGGGCUUCGCCCACUUCUUCAAGGAGAACAGCGAUGAGGAGCGGGAGCAUGCCGAGAAGCUGCUCUCCUUCCAGAACAAGAGAGGAGGCCGCAUCUUCCUGCAGGAUGUCAAGAAACCAGAGAAGGAUGAGUGGGGCAGCGGCCUGGAGGCCAUGCAGUGUGCCCUGCAGCUGGAGAAAAACGUCAACCAGGCUCUGCUGGAUCUGCACAAGCUGGCCUCUGAUCAUGUUGAUCCCCAUCUGUGUGACUUCCUGGAGUCCAACUAUCUGGAUGAGCAGGUGGAGGCCAUCAAGAAGCUUGGAGAUCACAUCACCAACCUGACCCGCAUGGACGCCCACAACAACAAGAUGGCGGAGUACCUGUUUGACAAACACACCCUGAAAUGCAAGAGCUAAAUGCUGCACCCUCUUCCAAAAGAAAACAUGGAGUUUAAAUGUUUAAUGAAUCUUUCAUGCUAAGCUCCUACUCCAUUGUUUGAGGCAUUCUCUUGAUCUAAACUAAUCGUUCUCUGAUGUGGAAGUGUUGUAUUGCUGAAGUCUGAAGUAGUUGGUCUUAUUGUAAUGGUCUUCUGAUUCUCUGAAUAAACAUUUUGAGCUG